GCCGCGAAUAUUCUUGUAUUGGGAGCCUUGGGCUUUUUAGAGUCACCCCAAAGGUUAGUGGGGUGCUCUACGGGAGCCUGUUUAAGAGUCUGGAGUCCUUAGUCUAGGUUUGUGAAAGAUCUUCCAGAAGCGAGAUCUAUUCAAUUCUGAAGAAAUAACUCAGGAAGGCUUUCAGAAACUCCUUCCCGCUGGACCUCACGGGACUCUCCUGGACUCGGUGGGUUGAGGUUUGAUCCUCUUUGCAGGCCAGGGGAUGGAUUAGGUGACCCCAGAGGAGCCCUGCUGACACCUGGAUUCCAGCUGCUUUCGUGGCCAUGUGGGGGUGGCUGUGUGUGCCCCGCCACUGCGUGCGUGGGUGUCUGUGUGUGUUAUCGGUGGGAGGCGCGUGAGUGUGGCCGCGGGUGGGUGUGUCUGAUGUGCCCCGGCUUGGGGCCGCGCCCGCUGCGCCCACUUGUGGCUCCUGGGAGCCGCCAGGGGGAACCGCGCCUUCACCGCCUCUGCCGAGGACGCCGCCAGAUAGGAGGCUGAUGACAUGAGGGCUCCGUCUCCCGAGUGAUGGCAGCGCGCGCUGCUUCGCCGCCUCCGCCGCUCAGCCCCGGACUCCUUACGUCAGGGUAGCUGGGUCCCCCCUCCGCGCGGGAGCCAGCGAACAGCGAGAGAGCACAGCAGAGCGCGCCGCGGAGCCAGGGCGCCCUCACUGCGCGAGGAGCCCCACUAAACCCAGCGGAGCGGAGCCUGGCAGGAGGCAGCGCCGCGGAGCCAGCGCCGGACGCCGCAAGCAGACUCCCCGGCCAGCGCAAGCACUCCCUGGCCGGCGCCGGACCCUCGGGGCGCCGGAUUCGUCUUGUGUGCCCCACGUCAUGCGCGCAGGCGUCCGCGGCUCUCCCGACCAGCCCCAGCGCGGUGGGCCCAGGCGCAGAGGUCCCGGCGCCUCUCGCUGAAGUAGUUGGGUGGCCGGGGCUGGGGGUCGCCACGUCGGGGGCGCGGCCAGGACCCGCGGAGCCGGCCCCCGAGCGCGGGGAGCGGGGCCGCCCGCGCCGCCCCACCAUUACCUCCCCGGGCGGCAAGGAGGAGCUGGUGGCGGUCGCCUCCCGGCUGUGGCAGCGGCGGCGGCGUGCCUGCCUGGCGGCCGUCGGCGUACUCUUGGCCAUGGCGCUCGGGCUGCUCAUCGCCGUGCCGCUGCUGCUGCAGGCGGCGCCCCGAGGCGCCGCGCACUAUGAGAUGAUGGGCACCUGCCGCAUGAUCUGCGACCCUUACACUGCCGCGCCCGGCGGGGAGCCCGCGGGUGCAAAGGCGCAGCCACCCGGACCCAGCACCGCCGCCCUGGAAGUCAUGCAGGACCUCAGCGCCAACCCUCCUCCUCCUUUCAUCCAGGGACCCAAGGGCGACCCGGGGCGACCGGGCAAGCCAGGGCCGCGGGGGCCCCCUGGAGAGCCGGGCCCGCCUGGACCCAGGGGUCCUCCGGGAGAAAAGGGCGACUCGGGGCGGCCCGGGCUGCCAGGGCUGCAACUGACGGCGGGCACGGCCAGCGGCGUCGGGGUGGUGGGCGGCGGGGCCGGGGUAGGUGGCGAUUCCGAGGGUGAAGUGACCAGUGCGCUGAGCGCCACCUUCAGCGGCCCCAAGAUCGCCUUCUAUGUGGGUCUCAAGAGCCCCCACGAAGGCUAUGAGGUGCUGAAGUUCGACGACGUGGUCACCAACCUCGGCAAUCACUAUGACCCCACCACGGGCAAGUUCAGCUGCCAGGUGCGCGGCAUCUACUUCUUCACCUACCACAUCCUCAUGCGCGGCGGCGACGGCACCAGCAUGUGGGCGGACCUCUGCAAGAACGGGCAGGUCCGGGCCAGCGCCAUUGCACAGGACGCCGACCAGAACUACGACUACGCCAGUAACAGCGUGGUGCUGCACUUGGAUUCAGGGGACGAAGUGUAUGUGAAGCUGGAUGGCGGGAAGGCUCACGGAGGCAAUAAUAACAAGUACAGCACGUUCUCGGGCUUUCUUCUGUACCCGGAUUAGGGGCGCGGGGGGUGCGAGGCGGGGUGGCUGCAGGCCGCCCGGUCUCCGCCCGGGCGCGGCUCCUUGGCAAAGGCCACUCUCGAUUCAUAACACUUCCUGACAUCUCCUUUGGAAAAGACAAAUCCCUGCCUCCUCCCUGCCCCGCUCCUGGCCUCAGUGCGUCUGCGACCCACCACGCUCAGGGCUGUGCUCCUGGUCUCCAUCCCCAUCCCGGCGAGGGAGGAAGGGACGCCCGAGCCCUUGAGGCGGCGGCACAGACUUUGCAAACCUGAUUAGACUGGACAGGCAGGGCCGGGAGCCUGCCCUCCUCAGACAGCCUCCUCCCAGUGCCUAGAAGCGGAGGGCUCCGGGCCCUGGCCAGGGAGGUAGGCCAGAGGGAGCGCGGGCUUCCUGGGGCGUCCUUCUUUGUGACCCGAAAUACUUGUGCAGAUUUCCCUGUCCAUCAGCCAAAACCCCACCCACAGCAGAAUUCCAGCAAACAGAAAAUUCACCUCUCCACACCGCAUUCCCUCCUGACUCAGACUCACCGCGAUGCAUUAAAUUAUGUUUUUAGACUAUGCGCUCUGUUGUCUGUAUGUCGGCACAUCCUGGACCAGGGCUCCAGAUGUCCGCCUUGGCAUAAUGACCUUACCUGGGCCCAGGAUAGGCCCAUCUAUGACCUGCUCCCCAGCCGCUGCUAUGUCCCUGCCACCAGAAGUUGCCGAAAAGACAUGGGGUAAUGGGAGCUGCAUCCCGCCCUUCCCAGAAGCUCUCCCCAGGCUGCAGCCCUGAGCUGGAGAGGCCGGAGGUGGGGUUGGGAGGAGGGGAGGAGGCGGGGAAAGGCAUCAGGGAGAGUUAGAGGAAAGCAGGAGAGGAAUGAUUGGGUCUCCAGUCUUGGGCAACUUGGGCAACUUAGUCCUCCCGGAGUUGUGGGUGGAGGUCAGAGGGGAGGGGCUUCUGGGGAAGGAAGGGGAAGAGAAGGCAUCUAUGGGAAAUGGGAGGCGUGAGUGACACUUGCCGGGGAGCGAUCUGUAGGAUGUUGGGCUCCUAAAAGGAAGUGCAGAAGUCCCUGGCAGACACACACCCACUCGAGCGGAUGGUUCACGAAGCACAGGCCUGUUUACUCACAGCCGCCAGGGCCACCGCUCUCCAGAGAGCUGGUAAACUGAGGCAAUUCCACGGAUCAUCCAGCUUGCUGAACUUCCCCAGGGCUGUGUGGUGAGGUGGACACCAUUCCUUGGGGAGGGACGCCUCUUUCCUGCGGGCUUCCCUUCCCUUAUGCAUGCGAUUUGGGGUGCCUGCUCUGAACCUGAGUGUGUGUGUUUGGUGUCCCAUCAGCAUUCUACACACACACAAGUUAGGAAAACACCCCGCAUGGUUUUGAUUUUUUUCUUUUUACUUUUUUUUUGUUGUCAGAUCACUGAGUUACAACAAAGUUAUGUACAAAAUAACCAGUCAGCUACCAGCAACCUGUUAGUGCUUACUGAGGUCAUUUUUACGGGUUGUGUGAAAAGAAAUGUGUGAGUAUGCACAAAAAGGCAACCCCAGGGUGUGUGUAUCUGUGUAAAGCUGGAGAUUAUGUGUGUGUGUGUGUGUGUAUCUCCUAUGUGGAUAUAAUGUUGUGAUUGUCCUCACGUAAUCCACAUUACACAUGUACACACACUUAUAUUCAUAAGUCCAUGUCAGUGUGGUAUGUGACAAUGUUCAUGCUGCAUUUCUGGCCCCAAAUUGCUUUGUGCUCGACUUUAGUUCCUGGAGAAUGCUGAAAGCUGUGAUUCCCAUUUAAAAGACAAUUAUACCCCCUGCCUUGAGUCCUGUUGCUGUCGCUAUUCCUUUUUGCUCUUAUUUUGUUUGAAUAAUGUUUUAUUGUCAUUCUUUUCAAUAUGAGCAAUGAUUAUGUCUGCUUUGAGUCCAGGGAUAAAGUACUCAAAGAGAAUGGGAGGAAACACAUAUAUACAUACUGCCAUCUCCUCGCCCAGUUCCAGACCUAGUAAUCCCAACCCCAAUUCCCCACCCUACCCCACUCCUGCUGAUUGUGGAUCCCUAACUCAGCUGAGGCCAGGAACUGGGAAGGGCAGAGUCAGGCCCAUCUACAGUUGCAUAGGUAUCAAUUUCUGAUGCUUUGUUGAUUGUAUCAUCCAGAAAUAUGAUUAAAACCAAAUGUCUGAGACCCAAAUGAAGUCUAAUUGCUAUGGAUCUGCAAUCCCCAGCGGGCACCUAAUCCUUUUUGACUUAUUCCUCCCCUUCCUCCGAUGAGAUGGAGCUUAGACACAAAGCCCUUAGUUUAAAUUUCAAAAAUUAAAAUUGACAUGCAGUGGUGGCUUUCCUGGGAGCAGGAGGAAUUUCUAAGGAGGUGCCUGAACCCAGCUUUAUCCUCUGCAUUAAGAAGCAAUUUGUACUUCUAACAAAACCCCUGCCACUCCCCUUUGGCAGAAGGGCAGUGGAGAUGCCUUGCCUGGGUCUGACUGUUCACAAUACUUAGACAAAUUUGAAUCUGAGAUUCCUCCAUCUGUAUUCCCUGGUGCAGCCGGGGCUUCUUGCAAUUCUAAUGCCCGGGCUGCCGGAGGUGCUGCCAGAGGUGUCAGCUGCUAAGAGGAUGAUGGAUUGAUGAGGCGGCGGAUGGGAGGUACGGCGUGGCAGGAGCUAGCAAGCUCAGGAACAAUCUCUCUGCAUAUGCACACCUUCCAGGUCCCAGGCAGGCACCUCAUGGCCCACCGAGGUCCAUGACACCAUCAUCUGUCCAGAGGACUCUAUUGGAAGGGGGCAGGGUGGAGUGGGGAGGAGGCUUCCCACCAUUGUCACUGUCAUGGUGCCAUCAGUCUUGGGGUGCAUGUGGAAUGCAAGAAACCCUUUGCGCCAGACACUUACCCUUGUCUCCAGUUGAGUAGGGACUUACUAUCAAUUAUAAUCAUAACAUAUUAGUUUAAUUUCCUAAUUGCUUUUGGGUUCCUUUUCUAAUUAUGUUCUUGGUUUGGGAUUAUCAUACUGGCAUCAUCCCAGAAGUUGGAGAGAUAUUAUUCUGCCCAUUUGGGAGGCAGAGAAACUGAGGCUUAGAGAGGUCCAUGACUUGCACAAGUGCACAAAGCUUAUAAGAGUCUGAGCUGCAACUUGAACUCAGACCUACAGACUUUGCCUCUGUUUGCUUGCACAGAAGGGGCAGGUCCAACUCCCAGGGUUCUCAGGCCUUUGAGAGGAGAGCACAUAGGUGGGGCACCCUUCCCACCCCUUCCUCUGAUAUAGGACACAGCAGCAUCCUCCAGAGGGUCAGAUGAGAACAGCCAGCUUCUUUGGCCCAGGCAGCCCCCCCCCAGAGAGCACCCCAGACAGAGGUUCCCACUCCUGAGGAAUUUGGCUGAAAAGCCUAGCCAGUGCUGAUGGCCCAUUGGGGCCUUACGACACCAACUCCAAAUGCUCCAUUCGGACCUGUCUGUCUUGACCAGCAACUCCCCUCCCCUCCAGUCCCCUCUCCUCAGGGCCUGCUGACCACUUUCUCUUAGAACAGCUCUCCCUUUUCUCCUCUGGGUGGCACUGGGGAGGGGGGCCAUCCUGCAGGUGUAGUUUAGUGAAGUGAGCAUUGGCUACCUCUGAUUGGUGGGAGAGCACUUCCCCAUUCCCAAAGCCAGCAUCUCUGCGACUAUCAUUCAGGACUGCCUAAGUGCAUGAGAUACACACCUGGCCCCGGAAAUCCCGAUAGAAGUUACGCCUUCUGCUACCUUUCUCUCCUAUCUGUGUGAGCAGAUGGCCCUUUUGGGCACCCCAGACAAAACAUCCAGGUCCCCCUCUGCAUCAGGCUGUGAUGCCACCAGAGGGGCCACUGCACAGACUCAUUGCUCCAGACUUCUCUGAUCAUACAGUUCUACUGGUUAAACAGUUUUUGAGCACUCACAACCAAUAUAUUUACUUAACUUACGAAUAAUUUUUGUAUACCAUUGUCAAUCUACACUUUUACAUUGUUCCAUCUUUUUGUAUUUAUGUUCAUCAAAGGACCUGCACAUUCAAGUCAGUAUCUAUGUUCCAGCUGGCUAACCAAGUUUGGAAACCAGUUUCUUUUCAUUGGAGCAAAAAAGACUAGGGUUAAUUCAAGGGCCGUUUCCCUUCAGCUUGCCAUUUCCCAGAAUCUUAGGCCUGAAGAGAUAUUCUUUUCUGAGUCACAGGUGAGCCUGAGUACUUUAAUUCUUGGAGUGCACAGUUUCAGUUUACGUUUUAAGAAUUUAUAAUGCAUGAUUCCUCUUACCUUUUUCAGACUGAAAAUAAAUAAAGCUAAAGUUCCCAGGUUUUCUUCUUACACCUGAUUUUGGAGACUGAUGUUGGCAUUGGUGCCAACUCAGUAUCAGGAUGGGCCCGGUGGGGCGGGGUCUCUCUGGGGCCCCUCUGAGUAUCAGGGGGGACAGACUAGGCAGAUGGAAAAGAGGAAUUUUGGGGGAAUGUUUUGGUCUCUUGUUAUUGCUAUAUUCGAAUUCCCCUCCAUGAAGGAGCAUAGAGCAUAGCAGCAGUUGCAGCACAUAAUAUGAGAAGUAGUUUAAAGCAUUUUAUCCUACUAAUUUCAAAAAUACACACCAGUACAUGGAAUAGUGUUAUGAGCCGCAUGGGUCUGUCAUCUGCUCAAUACUUACCUCUCCUGGCAAAGCAUAAAAAGCUGAAUUUUGAUUUUUAAAGACCUCAUCACGUGUUAGGAAUUGGUGCUAGGGCACAUUGUGUCCUCCCAACACCCCUGUGAAGUCGGUCUGACUAUUAGUCCCAUUUUACAGAUGAGGAAACUGAGAUUCAGAGAGGUGAAGUGACUUCCCCAAAGUAAGGGCCGGGACUGGUGCCAAGGUCUGUGUGACCCCAGAGCCCAGGCCCUUUAGGGAAUAUGGGUGGAGCAGGGAGGCGAGACCUUAAAAGACAAACCACAAUGAGGGUGCAUUUCUAGAAACAGGAUUCCCCAUCAAGCACUCUGUGGGUGCAGCCAGUGCCCAGGGGUUUUUCUGGAGGCCUUGAAAGGAAGUGCCCCCCUUUCCUAACAUUGCAAUCCAUUGGUUCCUGGCUUCUUGCUCUCCCUUUCUUACUGUUCUGUGUGCCAGUCAUGCUCUUUCCUCUACCUGGAACCCUCUUCUCCAGGUUAGCUCUCACUCUUUCAGGGCUCAGCUGGCACAUGAUUUCCAGUAGUCCCCCCACAGCCCUGGUGCUCCAUGGCUUCUCUUCUCCCCACCCUGGGGGCCAGAGAACCCUGCUGAGAGCUUCUCUGCAUGGCAGUUAUGACACUGUUGUAAUCCUGUGUCAGGUGGUCUGUCUUCCCCAUGGACUGUAGGCUUCACAAGGGCGCUACCUGGUGUCUGUGUGGGCCACCAGGGAAUAUUCUCUGCCCCCAGCACUUCUAAUGGUGCCUGGCACACAGUAGGUGCUCAAUAAAUAGUUUCAGAAUGGAUGGAUAGAGGGAUGGAGGCAUCCUGGGGGAUCUUGAGAAGGUAAAUCUUGAAAACAUUUUGACUUCACAAUGGGAUCAUAGGGGGUUGUCCCAGCAAGCUGAAUCACUGCUUUCUAACCAAUGAGUCUCCAUCUAUCCCCCACUGUCACCCCUAGCCCCGAGUUUUUAAGGUUGGGGUGAAAGGGGGCAGAUAUAUGUAAAGGUGCAUUUAUUACAAUCUUUGGGUCCCUGGUUACAUCUUUAGGAAUGACCAAAACCUUCUAGCUGACACAAGCUUAUGACCACUGCCAUACUGCAGCUUCUGGGCUGCUUUAGCCUCCCCCUUGGGGCCUUGGGGAUGACCCUCUGUAUUCUGGAGCUUCUUGGGCAGUAGCCUCAUUUCCAGUGGGGUCCCUUGGUUGGUGCUUUUGCUGUGAGGAUUCUUUCAUUUUCUUGAAACGAAAAACAUCUUUUGAAAAAUUGUUGACAUGAUAUGCAGUAGCAAAAAAUCCAAACAACAUAGAGAAAUAUAAAACAGCAAAAAUUCCCUCUCCCUUACUGCAAUCUCCUUCCCCAGAGACAAUUUGUUAACAGCUUGACUUGUAUUCUUUCAGACUUUUAGAAUGCCCAUAUGUGUGGCUCUGAACACGCAGAGUGUAAAAUUCUAAACACUGCUCCACACCUGGGUCCCCCUUCAUGCUUACUCUCGGACAACUCAGCGGUGCACGUAGAGCCCCUGUUUCUUUUGACCGAGGUGCAUUCAUUGUACUGUUGAUGAUGACCUUUAAUAGGAGGAACAAAUCUUCCACCACUGGGUCUGUGAGCUGCUUCCAGCAUUCCCUGGUCUAGUGGAGGAAGAGUCUGCUGAUAGCUUCCUCUUUCACUUAUGGGUUCUGCCCUCAUGUGGGAAAGUCCUACUUUAUUUCCAAAUCAGUAUAAACAAGGUCUUUAUCCAAUGUACAGAUGAUUCUGCCCUUGAUUUCUACCUUGUGGUAUAUUUCCUAUACUCAGUAGCCCCUCUUCUAGAACUGAGUAAAUUAAAGAAAGAUUGACUCCAGCCGGUCCAGUGUUGCCUCUGUUGGCACAGGGAGAAGGAAGGGCACUCCUGGGGGUUGUAUGUGUGUGGUGUGUGUGGGGUGGCUCCAGUUAGGGAGGAGCCCAGUAUGCUUGGAGAAUGAGGUAUCUACCCGCCACCCCACACUACACACCUGGCUGCUGCCUAUGUUGAAGCCUUGUUAAAGAUGCAAUUAUAUCCGAGGGAGGGUGGAGGCAGCCGGACGCAGGCACCCUGACCAUCCCCAGGAUUUCCUAGGAAGAGUGCUACCCUUGAUUUGGCUCUUGGGCGACUGGGAUUGGUAGAGCUGUGCUUCUUGAUGGUGUGUGUCUGCUUGCCCAGGAACUCAGCUCCCACUUGGCUCCUCAGCUGUGUCCCCAGGUCCCCAGGCCUGAGUUUUGCAGAAUGGCUCUGUUUCCCUCUUCUUUUCUCUCUUUACUUCCAGUUCCUGUGUCCGGGGCAGGGCUCUGAUGCCUCUUCCCUGCUGCACUGUGCCUGAUGGUGGGGGAAGGAGACAGGGAAGGGUGGGAUGUUCCGCUCCAAUGCGUGGUAACUCCAGGCCAGCUGAAGAGACUGACGCAGACACCAGGAUGCCAGGCCACACUGGUCAUCUGACGUGUGCCCUGCAACCAGACUGAGCAGUGGGCAGCAGCGGAGUGCACCAAAAUAGCCCAGCCCUUUAAAAUCAACCAGGUCACAAUGCAGAGUAAAGAGAGGAGACAAAAAGUGAUUUUAACCAUUUAAAAAAUUUGAGUUGAGUCCUUUAUCUGUGUUAUCUUGCUUAAUCUCAACAAUGGAGUAAAGUGAGAUGCAGCAAGUUAAAUAUCUCAACAGUUCUCUCGGUCACGCUGUGAGAGGAUCAAAACUGAGGCACGGGGAGGGCUAGUGAUUUGCUGAAGGUCACACAGCAAAGGAGAGCCUGAAGAUUGAAGCCCAGGUCUAUCUGACGUCAAAGGUCCUGCUUUUAGUAAUCCAAUUCUCUGUCUUCCCUACCAGCCUGCUGGUUAUCUGAGGCUUGUCAUAGAACCUCUCUGAGCCAUGGUUUCCUCUUCUUCUUUUUGUAGAGAUGAAAUCUUGCUAUGUUGCCUAAGCUGGCCUUGAACUCCUAGCCUUAAGCAAUCCUCCCACCUUGGUCUCCUAAGUUGUUGGGAUUACAGGCACGAACAACUGCACCUGGUACAGGGUUUCCUUUUCUGUAAAAUGCUGCCUAUUCUACAAGACUAAUGUGAAGAGUGAAUGAGCUAAUGGAUGUCAGCGAUGUCACCGGGAAGUGUUCCAUGAAAGUUAGUUGUCAUCAGCAUUUAAACAUUUAUUUUGAAAGAGUCACUUUGCCAACUACACCACCUGGCUACUUGUCUAAGCUACUGAUGUUUGGAGGAACUCAGCUAUGGUCUUUGAACUUGGUGGAUUCAAAUCCACCUUUACCAUGAACUAGCUCCGCAAUAAUUUAACAGAUUAUUUAACUUGCUGAACCUCUUUUUCCCCCAUCUAUAAAAUGGGAUCAGUCCUCCUACCACAUGGGUAAUUGGGAGAAUUAAUGAGAUGUCAUAAGAGUAUGAGAUACAGAGUAAGUGCUUGAGACCUGGGGUUAGUAUGUGGUGGUGGUAUUGAGAUAAUGAUGAGGGAUCUCUUCAUUUUCUCCUGAGCCGAUACAUUUCAGGAAUCAUCAAACUGAGACUUCUUGGAGUGAGAAAGGGCAGGAUUUUAGUGUCAGUAGCUGGCAUUUAUGAGCAUGCCUGUGUGUUAGGAGACACCAAGGGCAUUUUCCAAACAUGUCUACAGUCCUUUCAGUAACCCUGUGAGGUGAAGAUGAGUGAUAAUUGUACCCAUUUCACAGAUGAGGAAGUGAGAGGCCGUUUUCAAUGGUGGUUAUAUAUGUCACAGCCAGAAUUCAACCCAGUGCCCUUUCCACUGUUCAUGCCUUGGUCUCUCACCUACUUUAACACUGGUCCUCGCAGGUCCCAGUACGUGCUGGGAAUGCUUGUGCAACUUAAGACUGAUGACUGUGCAGAUCCUGUUGGGGGUCCCUUGUUAAAUCCCAGGCUAAUAAGCCCCUGAGUAAUUGGGCCUGGAGCUGUGACUAAGUCUCAGGGCUCUGCCACAUGAAUAUGCAAACUCCCAUUGACGGCCCAACUCCAUCGCAGCCUGAUUUCAAAUUGGCAUACACAGCCCAGUGGUUCAGGGCCUCUUGCUAUGCAUAGCAAGAAUGCCUGCUAAUCCCACUAAAGCUCUGAGGUCGGGGUUGGGUAGGGGGGUGUGCUCAGCAGAGCCCAUUCAGGAGGGUACAUUGAGAGCAUGCAGUCCAAGCUGCAGCCCUCUUUCAAGACCUGCCCUGCCUCCACGGGAUCAAUAUGGAGCUUACAAGCCUUGGAAGGCUGGUUUCUGUUUUCUUUCCCAGCUCCAUGAGGCAUACGUGGGAAACCCAGAUGCUGCUCAAGGGCAUGGAGUCCAGUGGGAGCUGUCUGGUGGCCUGCAGAUUGUGAAAGCCAGCUUUGCCACACGUUUCACAUAAAACCUGAUUACUGGGUGUCCACUGUGUGCCCAGCACUGUGGUGGGGGGAAUGGUUGUCACUCUCUUUCAGUCUGGUUGGUAACAAGAAUAGUAAUUGUCAAUGGUAACAACAAUAGUACUCACUCCUGUUUGUCAGGUACCUACUGAGAGGUGCCUGUGACUCGCAUGCCCUCAUUUAAAACUCCCUGAAGUCCUGCAAAAUGGGUGUUAUUCUUCCCAUCUCACAGGCGAGGGCCCCGAGACUUCAGAAGUUAACUCAGCUGUGCUCCAGCUCCACAGCUAAGAGGUGGUGGAGGCUGAGUUGCAGCCCAGGUUUGUGUGGCCAUAAAGCCCUUCCUUUUUGCACGACAGAGGUGCUGCAGUGUGUCUUGAUCCACUCUAUGGAUACUUGGGGAAGGGCUGACCCGAUGGCUGAUCUGGGCACAGGGAACCUCUAUGUGGAAAUGAGAGGUCCUGAGAAGGGCUGGGGUGGUCAGGAGGGCUUCCAGGAGGUGGUGGCCCAUCAGUUGGGGUUUGUCAUGUAAGUAUGGUCAUUAAGCUCCUUAGGGAGCUUGCAAUGAGGCUGAGCAGAAAAAACUCACACACUUUGGAAAUCCCUUGGUUCCAUAUUCAUUCUCCAAACAAUUAUUAAGUGCCUACAUCUACACUGAACGCAGUGCCGGGCCCUGGGGUACAAAAUGUCCUGAGAUAAGGCCCAGUCCCACAUGAACUCUGUAAAAGACAGGAGCCAGACCAGGGCCCAGGGCAGGGGAUAUGCCACCCAGAACAGGGAGCCGACAUCACUCCAGAGAGCCACUGAGCCCAGGGUAAAGCCAGGAGAGGAGAAACAAAGCGGUGCAGAUGCCUCCAGCUCUUUGGAGGGGACCAGGAGGAGGCCAUUCUGGCAGGGAGGGAAACACAAUCACAGUCCUGGAGGUGAGCUUGCCUCGGGGAAGGGUUUUCUGGAGACUUUCUCUCUACACGUGUGUUGGGCUGUGUGCAUUGGUGUGCAUAUGGCAUGCACAUACAUGGAGGGAGAUGUGACUUAUGUGUGUGACAGGAGGGAUGUAUUGUGGGAAGGAUAUUUGUGUGUGGGAUGGAGUGUGUGUGUGUGUGUGUGUGUGGUGUGCUGUACCUAUGGGGACACAACAGUGUCAAUUGCAAUGGUUGUGUAUCUGGCUCAGAACACUCUUGGGGGUGUUUGAGCCCUUCUUGCCUCUCAGUAGAAAGAUAGAAGAGCUUUAUGCCAUUGAUUGGUUCUGCUUUUCCCAACUCCCUGCCUCCAACACACAUAAUAAACUUCAUGGCUGACUCUC